GACCUGCAGCGCGAGCCGACAGUCACGUCAGCCGCGAGUCGCUGCGCGCGCGCCAAUAAGAGCGAUGGGCGAGGCGGACGACGAGGCGGCGGCGAAGGGAGACGGAGUCCCGGACGAGCCGCCCGCGCCGAAGAAGACCGCCACGUCAGUGCGGGUGCUGACGGUGCUGGCCUACACGCUGUCCGUGUCGCUGGCCGCCAUCUUGCUGUCGCUGUACUACGUGUUCCUGUGGGACCCGCAGCUGGCCGGAGCCGCGAGGAGGGUGGCCGAGCCCCCAGCGGCCCAAACGGCACGUGCAGUCUCAGGCGAACUCUUCCACGUCACCAAUCAUACAGAUCCUGAAGCGUAUGAACGACAGCGUGUAGACAACAGCACAUCAUCACAUUACUGAGUGAUGAUUGCGGAAGAGCGCAGAGACGAAACGAACGAGGCGUCUGGAGAGAACCCUACUUCGAACGACAAAACAAGCUCCACACACAUCAAUCGUCGACAAAUUUUUAAAGCAUUUUACAGGCUCCGGAGGAUCUUAAAUUUAUCAGGUAAAUCAACGCAGAGUAAAACAUUAUUUAUUGACAAGUUCACAUUUAUCGGUAGGCAUCGCUGUUUAAUUUUCGUGAUGUAUUGAUUUGAACUUUGAAACUUUAUAGUCGACCGUUAAAAAAUAAAACAGUGAGGCAGUAAACAUUUUGGGUAAAAAAUAUCUUUGUAAAAAUUAAUGUGUUUUAGUAUAUUAUUAAAUAUAAUGCUGAUUGAACAAAAUGUGAUUAACAACAAACCUGGAUUCCAAUCACCAACAAUUUUUUUGGCAUUAACGUCAAAAUUAAAAUAGUAUUUUUUUCUGUAGUUGUUUAUGUUUGGAAGCCAAUAUUCAUUAAAAAAAAAGGAUGUUAAAACAUUUUGUAACUUCAACCAGAUAUUAAUUUUCAAUGUAGGUUGCAGCAAAUGAGCAAAUGACAUAUCUCAUGAUCCUUACGAAAUGAAGUAGCCUAUCUAGAUAAUAUUGCUUACUAGAAAUGAUGUUAAAUAAAUGAGAUAAAAAUUUAUAUAAAAUAUAGAUAACACUGUUUAUUUAAUUCCAUUAUAAUCAUAUAUUUUUUAUAUUUACAUAAAAUAACAUUAAAAUUUGUUUGUGAAUAAAUACAACUGGUUUGAA